GGAUCUCGGAGCUCCAACUUAUGGGCGUUUUUUCCCUCUAUCUUGCCUCCAGAGUUUUUUUCCUGGGUGUUGCCUGCCUGGAUUACAACUUUGGAGUUUCACCGGGUGUUGCUGAGAAGGAGAGACAAGGCGUAGACUUUCUGUAACGACAGCAUUAAGCAACCUUUUGAACCGCACUUUGUAACUUUGUACUUCUCAACGGACACCGGCUGGUUUUAUUGUAGCCGCCGCUAAGCUAAGCUAAGCUAAGCUAACCGAGACGAGCUGCUGUAACGUUGGCUGGGUAGCUCGCGACAGAGGCGUCCGAUGCAGGCCAUUAAGUGUGUGGUGGUGGGGGACGGGGCGGUGGGGAAAACAUGCCUGCUCAUCAGCUACACUACCAAUGCCUUCCCUGGAGAGUACAUCCCCACAGUCUUUGACAACUACUCCGCAAAUGUGAUGGUUGAUGGUAAACCCGUAAACCUGGGCCUGUGGGAUACAGCCGGACAGGAGGACUACGACAGGCUCAGGCCUCUGUCCUACCCACAGACAGAUGUGUUCCUGAUUUGUUUUUCACUAGUGAGUCCAGCCUCCUUUGAAAACGUCCGUGCCAAGUGGUACCCUGAGGUGAGACACCACUGCCCCAACACGCCCAUCAUCCUGGUGGGCACCAAGCUGGACCUGAGAGACGACAAGGACACUAUCGAAAAACUCAAGGAGAAGAAGCUCAGCCCCAUCAUCUACCCUCAGGGCUUGGCCAUGGCUAAAGAAAUAAGUUCAGUGAAGUAUCUGGAGUGCUCCGCUCUGACGCAGCGCGGCCUUAAGACGGUGUUCGACGAGGCCAUCAGGGCGGUCCUGUGCCCCCCGCCCAUCAAGAGGAGGAAGAGGAAGUGCAGAAUAUUGUAAUGGAGAAACACAGGGAGUCAGAACUUCGUCUACUUAGAGGGAAGAAGACGAUGGCUGGGUUCCCCAAAUAUCUAUUCACCCCCUGUGUCCUUGCUCGCGUAGGAGCUCUGGUAGAUCAGUUCACCAUCUGAAAGAACGUCACAGAUUGAAGCAGCUUCAGGUUUCUGUUUGCUUCAAUCUGUUUAGUCCUUUCAAAUGGACCGGAAUGAAGUGACUUUGCUAAGGCCUUGGGGAAUGUGAGGGUGGGGGGGGUUUGAUUUAGGAUCUGGGGGUUGAUUUAAGGAGAAAGAUGGAGGAUUUUUACAGAAAACAUUUCAUGUCAUUGUGAAGAAACACUACUUGAAUGUGAGUUUAUCAUGAUAUUACUGUGGCGUUAACGAUGAGAGAAGGAGGUCCCGUGUUGCACUCGUCCCCCUACACACUAAGAUUCCUGCUGCCUUGAUGACAUUUUAUUAUUUUAGUAUCUUAAUUUCUCCUCUUUUUGUUUCUCCCAUCGUCGGUUUCGGUUGACGGAGCGUUUUGUUUACACGUGUCAUCGGACUACACUGAGCUGUUGCCAAAACUCAGUAAACAGUCAUCACUCUGUAGUCGCUCCCCGGACACGGAGAUGUCUUUUCCUUUUUAAAUUAGAUUUGAACCUGUACAAGGUACCAUCAUGUGGGACGAGAGUUUAACCCUUAAAUGAUUAUAACAAUUGUUGUAGCAGCUGCUAAAAUAAGUACUAAUUACUCUCAGCAUUUAAAAGCGUCUCUUGAGAUAUUUAACAGGUAAAAUCAGGUUUUGUUCCAAAAAGCUUUCUAGAUGAGAAUCCAUUGCUAUCUUCUUGCUACGUGAACACACACUUACACACACUUACACACACACACACACACAGUAUUUUAUGACUGACUAUCGGGCCUGUGAAGGUGCAGCCAGUGUUGUUGUGCUGUUUAAUUCUCAAUCUCUUCUGUAAUUAUGUUAUUUUAAGUUGUUAUUUUAUCAUCUAUGACUGUGUUUGAUGAAGUCUGCGAGCCGGUGCACUCAAGGUUGUAACUGAUCGUUGUACAAUAUGAGCAGUAGCUACUCGGCAAAUGCAUUUUAUUUUGAAAUGAGCAAUGAUCAAGUUGCACUGGGUGCUUCUGGGGAACCGCAGUAAGUCUGGACUCAGUGUUAUCGGUGCGCAGCGGACACUUGGAUUUAUUUUCUUGCUACAUGUGGUUUCAUUUUCACAUAGUAAUAUGAAGAUUUUUUUUUUUUUUUUAAAGCAAAUAAAUUCAUUGGAAAUAGUU